AUGGAAUAUUUCACACGUCAGAUCACUCUUCAGGACAGACUGAAGCAGCACGAAUGCCAGCUUUACCCACUUUUUGGAUCGUGUUUGGAACUCCGGGAUGAUUCUCCCCCAGGUCGCUAUCAGGCCGGACCUCUUGAUCUGAGUUUUAACCGAAUGACACCCACAGACACGUUUUCAUCAGAUGAAAGUGGCAAAUUUGUACCAACAGGUAGGAUUUCGUCAUCGGAAGGUGGUACACGUGUAACCACAGACACGUCUUCGUCACCUGAAGGUGGUACACUUGUAACCACAGACACGCCUUCGUCACCGGAAGGUUGUACACUUGUAACCACAGUCACGUCUCCUUCACCGGAAGGUGGUACACUUGUAACCAUAGACACGUCUUCGUCACCUGAAGGUGGUACACUUGUAACCACAGACACGUCUUCGUCACCGAAAUGUGGUACACUUGUAAUCACAGACAAGUCUUCGUCACCGGAAGGUGGUACACUUGUAACCACAGACACGUCUUCGUCACCGGAAGGUGGUACACUUGUAACUACAGUCACGUCUCCUUCACCGGAAGGUAGUACACUUGUAACCACAGACACGUCUUCGUCACUGGAAGGUGGUACACUUGUAACCACAGUCACGUCUCCUUCACCGGAAGGUGGUACACUUGUAACCAUAGACACAUCUUCGUCACCUGAAGGUGGCACACUUGUAUCCACAGACAGGCCUUCGUCUACUAAAUUUGGCACACUUGUAUCCACAAGCACGCCUUCAUCACCUGUAGGUGACACACUUGUACCCACAGGCACGUCUUCAAAACCCGAAGACGACACUUCUGUAUCCAUAGACAGGCCUUCGUCUUCUAAACGUGACACACUCUUACCCAUAGGCACGUCCUCGUCAGCUGAAAGUGGCACACUUGUUCCCAAUGUUGUGUCUUUGAUACAAAAACCUGGCGAAGCUUGUGGGUUGCAACCUAUUGAGAAGUUUCCGGAAUCAGAAAAUGCCGAAUUCGAUCACAAUUCAGAUUUACAUACCGCACAUUCAUCUUUAAUAAGUAACGAUGGGAAAAAAGGAGAAUUGAUCACAAGAAACACAAAAUGCUCACUCGAAAACACUUCGCGACUGGAGGAGCAAACUCAAGAUACAAUCCUAACAAGAGCACGCGUACAAUGCGACAAUAUAAUUGAUAGAUCUAACCCCUUAUUAAAAGAAGUGCUCGAAUCUGGAGAAUCAACUGUGUCUACACUAUACACCAAGGAUAAGCAUCAAAACACACAGAAAGUGUUGCACCAAGACGAACACAAUGAUCCAUCUUUACACAGAGAUCAUGAAGACAGCAGAUCUGAAUCAGUUAUAAACAAUGAACAUAAGCAACAUUUUUCAACAUUAAACGAUGACCACGAAAGCAAGCGUUCCGAUUCAGCAAUGACUAAAGAAUACAUCUCGACAAUAGCAGAGGGUCACGUGAGCAUGCACUGUAAUUUACCAACCGCCAAUGACGAUAUACCAGUGACAAUAAACACUACAACAUGUGAUGUUUCAUGCUCAAAUCAGGAAAAAACCUUCAAAACUAAGUAUUCCAGAAAGCGGAGAAGACGCCUUGCUUUCCUGGCGAGUGGAAAAAGACAAAACGAGUUGAUGAUAUGUCCAAAUAUAAACGUCAGAGAUUUUACCGAGCAGUUUACCAAUGACAGAUGUCGCUACCAUUCGGUUAGGGAAUCGAAUCAUCCACAGCAUCCCCUAACAAACUACAGUCAACGUAACAUCGAUGUAAACCCGUCAGGGUCUUGGGUAGAAGAAAACCAGGAACAAAUGCCAUCUCAUGACCAUAUCAAUCAGCUGUCAAUGCCUUCAAAUCUAUCACAUAGUAUGAACACACCCGUCCUAGACAAAUCGGAAGCAUUCUUCCCAACGGCCAAUAGAACACUGAAGCACAGUGUACCACCUCCACUAACCUCUGUGAAAAAUUAUCAAUCUGAAUCCAGACCGGACCGGAAUCUUUAUUGUCCUGGUUCUUCCCUAAAUGUUGUGACACACGAUUUAAUGACCGAUUCAUCUACAUGGUCAAACUAUCAGCGACAACAGCGGGAACGACAGUAUUGUCAGCAACCGGUAAAACAGACAUUACACUCGUCAGAAGCUCCCGACAAACAUUCCGUUUGUCCAACAGCACCGUUAGAUAUGACAGCAAAGCGCUCUAAAGAACACAAGAGUCCUGCUGGGAAAUCAUCCUCGAUAUCCGAAGAAGCUCGGAUCAAGGAAAUAAGCGAUAACUUGCGCGCUCAGUUACUCGGGCAGUUGUCCAAUGUACCUCAUUCAUGUCCCGGCGUUUGUCUCGGCCAUUCCGUUGGUUCGUUGCAUAAUGAUAAGACGCCGAAGUGUAUACCGUCACCUCGGCAACCGAAAAGGUUCUCAAACAUUAACCAGACGUCAAUUAUUAUCGACCGUCAGCUUUUACUGAACCUUGACUACCAACAAUUACUGAAUACCGACCGAGAAACAACCCCGAAAGUUGAUCAAGGGCUAUCGUCAAAUGAGUCAGUGACGAGUGAUACCGAUAGGUUACAUAAAUGCAACAGUUUUAGAAGUGAUGAAAGACAUGGUUCAAACAGUGCGGAUCCAACAGAUGCACAGAAUAGAGACUACUCGAAUUCUCCGGAUGGUAACAGGCCCUCAGACCAUCAGAGAUCACCAAACGAUACCACGUCACAAGGCGGGGACAGGAACACGUUGCCAAUGAUUACAGCACGUGAUGAGAUCGUCACGUCUGUGUCAACUCACGUGGAUACCAAUGGGUCGACGUGUAGCCGAUCCUCGCGUUUGAUGGCAUGGAACUUGUCUGUCAGCAAGACGAUUGGGCUACAUUCUGACUGUAAUAACUGUAAGGCCUGUAGGAGAAUCUUUGCCAGACUCAGCAUCCCUCCGAUCGAGGAACCACAUACUCCCACAAAACAAACCAAAAUCAAAUAA